UCCCUACCAGAUUGUCUCAUCUCAUGUGUGGUGUUGCUGUGAAAACUACCACGUCCUGUCUGCACAGCCAACUGGACUCUGCUCUUGUUCAGCCCCACUGCUGUGGUUCCAGUGUCUGCGUGCUGCUGAAGUUUAUCUGCUUGUGAGAUCCAGCUGCUGACUUUGUCUGUCCUGGUUUUUCCUCAGCCAACUUCAUCAACUCUGGUUUGCGCUGCAAAAAUGAGGCUUUGUUUCAUUAUCUUUAUCACCAUCUUAGCUGGAUUUAGUGGGACUCUGGCCAUCGGAAGCCCGGCCACCGCCCCCACAGUCUUCCCCAAUGAAACCGCGCCCUCAGGGACUCUGGCUAUCAGAAGCCUGGUCUUCCCCAGUGAAACCAGCACCAGCUAUGUGGAGAUGAUCCCUCAGAAACCGCUCAGCCUGAAGGCGUUCACGCUGUGCAUGCGUGUGGCCACGGAGCUCAGCGGUGAGAGGGAAAUCAUCCUGUUUGCGUAUCGAACCCAAGACUUUGACGAGCUGAAUGUGUGGAGAGAGCUGGAUGGAAGGCUGUCCUUCUACUUGAGUGGAGAUGGAGUUUUCUUCCAAGUCCCUGGUCUUGGUGCCCUGCAGACUCGCCUGUGCGUCACCUGGGAUUCCAGCUCAGGUGCUGCGGCCCUCUUCAUAGACGGCAGAAAAAGUCUGACCAAAAUCUACAGGAAGGGUCACACCAUCCGGGCGGGAGGCCGAGUUAUCCUGGGCCAGGAUCCGGAUAAUUAUCUGGGUGGCUUUGAUAUAAAUCAGAGUUUUGUUGGUGAGAUUUCUGACGUGAACUUGUGGGACUAUGUCCUGUCAGACACUGCAGUCCAAGACAUGAUGACUGCAAAAAGAGGAAAUGUGUUGGAUUGGGAAACCGUAGAGCUUAGACCAAAUGGAGAGGUGGUGGAGAUUAAUGUUAAUCUGUAGCUCGACUAUUUAUGUAGGCAACAACUUUAUCCUUUGCACAAAUAAAA